CAACAGACAAUAAUCUUUAGUUUGCCCAGUUGCGUACACGUCUUGUUGUUUUUCUUGCGGCGUCCGGUUGUUGUGAUUCUUUUUUGAUAAUCUGUUAUUUACAUUUGCUGAUCAGUGACUGCGAUCAGUCUUCUCGUCCGUAAAACAACAAGUGACGAGCGCCGCACCAUGGCCGAUUGUCCUCAGUUCCAGUUAAUGCCUCAAGUCAUGCCCGUAUAUCAUCCGCAGCCGCCAUCGACACAGCCACCUCCACCACCGAACGCGUUCCCAAUACCGACGGGGCAACCAAUGUUUCCAAUGCCGCCGCAUUUUGGCUAUCCGCCUAUUGCGUGGUCGCCAAUCCAUCACUAUCCGCCGCCGCCACCUCUGCCGCCGCCAACGCCACAGCAACCGGUCCACGAACACGCUGAAGAGAAUGACGACUACAACGCACAGCAAAUCGUGUUCAGCAAUAACAACAAUAACAGCAGCAGCAACAACAAAAAUAUCAAUUCUGCGGAAGACUCGCCAAACGAUUUGGAACUGCAGUCAUCCCAGCGCCCUAAUCGUCAGAUGUUCACACGCAAUGUGUCCAACAAGUUUGAUACACGACAUGAAGAAUUCAGAAAAUACUUAGAAGAAGUAGGUAUUUUGUCUACAUUCACUAAUAUUUUAUCAGAAAUGUACCAAGAUCCUUUGCGACCUAAUGAUCCGUUGGGAUAUAUCCGAGAUAAAUUAACUUCUUCUCGGCCUGAAACAGUUGAACUUCAAAAUCUUCGCAUUUGGUGUGACCAAUAUCAAACAAAAACUAUUCGCCUGGAAAAAGAGUUAAAGCAUGUAAUUGAACUGUUAAGGAAGCAUGAACCAUACAUUACUGAUGAUUCUCUUUUUAAUGAAAGUACAAAAGAAAAUGACUGCGGUGCCUGUGCAUUGGAUGUAUCAAAUCUUUUGUUGGAAAAUAAAGAAGAAAAAGUUAAACAUGGAAUGAUAAAAAAAUAUAACAAAUAAUAGUUAACAUUAAUUCUACAAACAACUUAAGAAUAAACUAUGAAAAAUUGAAAGAUUUUCAGAAUUUGUUGU